AUGAAGUUCGUCGCUGUUGCCGCUGCCAUGGCCGCUCUGGUCUCGGCCCAGACUGGUAUCCCCUCGUGCGCCCAGACCUGCCUUGACAACUCGGUCAAGAAGGUGACCAAGUGCUCCGUCACCGACUAUGCCUGCGUCUGCGAGAAGACCAACUUUGCUGCCGUCCAGGGCGACGCUACCUCCUGCGUCAUUGCCAGCUGCGGUGCCGACGUUGCUGUCUCCCAGGUCCUCCCUGCCGUCCAGAAGGCCUGCGCUGCCGCGGCCUCUGCUCCCGCGGCCUCUUCCGCCGCCGCCGCCGUGAGCUCUGCGGCUGCCUCCAGCUCUGCGGCUGCCUCCAGCUCUGCUGCUGCUACCGCCACCACCACCACCGCUGCCGCUGCCAGCUCUGUCGGCACCGUCUGCCCCACCACCGUUGUCACCAAGCCCACCGUCCCUACCAACGGCACUGCCCCCACCACCUCGGCCCCCGUCACUGCCGGCGCCGCUGGCCUCGGCCCCGUUGGUGGCCUCGUCAUGCUGGCCCUGGGCGCCCUCGCUCUGUAA